AUGGCUUCUAUUAGGGGCGUAUUAAUAGACCUUUCCGGAGUUUUACAUAUUGGAGAUAAGGCUUGUGAAGGAGCUGUGCUUGGUUUGAAAAAACUUCGUCAAACUAGUCUUCCUAUUAGGUUUUGUACCAACACAACUACACAAAGUGUUUCAAAAGUUCAUAAUUUAUUAAAGAAUUUAGGUUUUGAAAUUAAUAAAGAAGAGAUUUUCACAUCUUUAGUUGCAUGUCGAAAUUUGGUAAUUUCACGUGGUCUUAGUCCAUUAGUUUUUCUUGAAGAUGAAGCAAUUGAAGAUUUCCAAGGAGUCUCAACUAAUGAACCAAACGAUUCGGUAGUAAUCGGUUUAUCACCUUCAAGUUUUCAUUACGAGAAGCUUAAUAAAGCAUUCAAAAUAUUGUCAAAUAAUCCGAGUUCAACAUUAAUUGCAAUUCAUAAAGGAAAAUAUUUUCGGGAUGAAAAUGGUUUAAGUUUGGGUCCGGGUGCAUUUGUUGAAGCAUUAGAAUAUUCUACUCAAGCUAAACCAAUUAUAGUAGGAAAGCCAGAAAGAAGUUUUUUUGAAAUUGCACUUAAAGACAUCAACCUAUUAGAUAAAGCAAAUCAAGUAGUGAUGAUUGGAGGUGCGAAGGAGCUGGGGCUUAUUAGAUAUCUUGUUAAAACUGGUAAAUAUAGAGAAGGUGAUGAACUUAAAAACUCUAUAGAUGGAGUUUUUGAUAAUUUUGGAAAGGCUGUUGAUGCGAUUCUAGAAAAAAAAUCAACAAAAUAA